AAAGAGAAGACCCUUGCGGGAAGGUUUGGACUUUGGAGAAAAUAAAUACUAAAUAUUACCUCUCUGCAGUCUACUCCCAUCUCCAGUGCGACUGACUGACUUUUUUAAUCUCUCUCUCAAACUCUCAUCAUGGCUGAGCUACGCAAGGUGCCUGCCGUCCAGGCUGUGCCCCUCGAAGACGACCUCCCCACCCUCAAGGCCAUCCGCGACGCCAUCCCCGCCCACUGCUUCGAGUCCUCCGUCGUGACCUCCCUCCUCUACCUCGCCCGCGACAUCUGCUACUGCGCCAUCCUCACCUAUGCCGCCUUCCACAUCCACCUGCUGCCCUCCCUCCCCCUGCGCGUCGUCGCCUGGGCCGCCUACGGCUUCCUCCAGGGCUGCGUCGGCACUGGCCUCUGGAUCCUCGCCCACGAGUGCGGCCAUGGCGCCUUCUCCAAGCACCCGACCUUCAACGACUUCGUCGGCUGGGCGGCCCACUCCUUCCUGAUGGUGCCCUACUUCUCGUGGAAGUUCACCCACGCGCGUCACCACCGCUACACCGGCCACAUGGAGAAGGACACCGUGUUCGUGCCCUGGACCGACCACCAGCUGGCCGAGAAGAAGAACGUCCGCAUCGAGCAGCUCAAGCACCUGACCGAGGAGACCCCCAUCGUCUCCUUCCUGCAGCUGAUCGGCCACCAGCUGUUCGGCUGGCAGAUGUACCUCUGGCUGAACGUCACCGCCGGGCCCAAGAGUCUGCCCGACGGCCGCAGCGUCACCGGCAUGUCCAGCCACUACAACCCCUUCGGCGAGAUCUUCAGCCGCGCCCAGUGGGUGAGCGUCGCCCUGUCCGACCUGGGGCUGUUGAUCAUGGGCUCCGUGCUGUACUACGCCUCGACCCAGAUCGGCGGGUGGAACGUGGUGCUGCUGUACUUUGUGCCCUAUCUGUGGGUGCACCACUGGCUGAUCGCCAUCACCUAUCUCCAACACACCCACCCCGAGGUCCCCCACUACACCGCCGAAACCUGGACCUACACCAAGGGUGCGCUGGCCACCAUCGACCGCAGCAUCGGCUUCAUCGGCCGGCACUUCUUCCAUGAGAUUAUCGAUUACCACGUCGUGCACCACCUGUUCAGCCGCAUCCCCUUCUACAAGGCCGAGGAGGCCACCCGCGCCAUCCAGCCGCUGCUGGGCGAGAACUACCACGAGGAGAAGGAGGUCAGCUUCCUGUACUCGCUCAUGGUGACCUUCCGCCGCUGCAUCUACGUGUCGGACGCGGGCAAGGCCAGCGGCGUGCUGCACUUUGUCCUGGCGGAUAAGGCGAAAUAAGGGGAGGAUGGUGUGGCAGAGCCGGGUGGGGUGUGUGUGUGUGUGUGUUCUGCUGUGGAUCAUCCAUAUAGACGGCAUAUAGACGGGGACGUGGUAUAGAGUCGAUAGAGUGUAUUUAUUAUAGAAUUGCGUGUUUCA